AAAACCGUAUCAAUGAUUAAACAAUUUUCAAGUUUGAUUUUAUUAUUUUGUACUUUAAUAUGCGCAAUAAACAGUGCACAUAUUUUGGGCAUCUACCCUUUGCCUGGUCAUAGUCACUAUCGUUUGGGCUCUUCUUUAUUUAGAGAAUUAGCAGAAAGAGGACACGAUGUAACAGUAAUAUCUCCAUUUAGUGAAAAAGAUGUUCCAAAAAAUGGAACUUAUCGAGAUAUAGUCCUCGACGGACUAUUCGUAGGAGAUGAAAAACAUAAAGGAAAACAAUGGAAUAUGUUCAAAAGAGAAGGCUUGAAUCCUUUUGUUGGUACAUACGUGGUGGCAACCAUGGCAUCUAAAUUUAUUAAAAUGUCGCUAAACCACACCAAAGUUCAAAAAUUGUUGCACUCAGAUGAAAAAUUCGAUGUAGUUAUUACAGAUAAUUUUCUGAGUGAUGCUUUUAAAGCAUUUGCGACACAUUUCGACGCCCCACUUAUCGUACUCAAUCCUGUAGGACCCAACUUUUGGAUAAAUCCUCUGGUUGGCAAUCCCUCACCACCAUCAUACAUUCCCGAUAUUUUACUCAAUUAUUACCAUCCGAUGACCUUUUCCGAAAGAAUGGUAAACACUCUAAUUUACGGUUUCAAUUUUCUGCUUUAUAAUUGGUUGGUGUAUCCCCAACAUAAUGAAUAUGUCAAACAAUUUAUUCCGAGAGGAGGCGAAUUAAAAGACAUUCUGUAUAACACCUCUUUGGUACUUUUAAAUUCCCAUCCAAGUCUCAACCAACCUGUCCCUCUAGUCCCCAACAUGAUUGAAAUUGGAGGAUUUCACAUGAAACCACCCAAGAAACUACCAGAAGACUUACAAGAAUUUUUGGAUAUUUCCAAAGAAGGAGUGGUUUAUUUCAGUAUGGGCUCAAAUCUUCAAAGCAUUUUAUGGCCAAUUGAAAAACGCGAAGUUUUCUUGAAAACCUUUGCGAAACUUAAAAUGAAAGUUCUAUGGAAAUGGGAAGACGACGAACUUCCAGGGAAGCCACCAAAUGUCAAAAUAUCCAAAUGGGUGCCCCAAAUGGACGUUCUUGCCCAUCCAAAUUUGAAACUUUUUAUCACCCAUGGUGGUUUCGUUAGUUCGGUUGAAACAGCCUAUCACGGGAAGCCCAUGUUGGCUAUACCUAUUUAUGGUGAUCAAAGAAACAAUGCUAAUUUUGCUUAUAAAAGUGGUUUUGGACGCUAUAUCACUUUUAGCAAUCUUACAGAAAAAAAUUUGCUUGAAGCUAUAAAUGAAAUGCUAGACAAUCCCAAAUAUAGUGAAAACGCUAAAAUCAGGUCAAAAAUUUUUCACGACCGUCAAGUCCAUCCAAUGGAUACUGCCGUUUUUUGGGUUGAAUAUGUUAUAAGACACAGAGGGGCACCACAUUUACGAGUUGCAGCCCUCGAUUUGCCAUGGUACAAAUAUUUGCUAGUAGAUGUUAUUGUUGUCUUAACACUGGUAUUGGGCUCUCUAAUUUUCAUCACAUGUUUCAUACUUAAGAAGGUGUGGAAAAAGAUUUGUACAAAAAAAAAUACGAAAAAGGUAAAAACCAAUUAAUUAUUUAUAUUUAUAUUGAUAAAAAAGAUUUGAAACA